AUGUCUAGGAAUGAUAAGAGCGUAGAGGUUAAGGCCACAGAUUUGAAAUGGAAGAAAGUCGAUGUUCCAGACACACUGGAUGAUUUCGAUGGCUUCUAUGGACUCGAAGAGCUCGAUGGUGUGAAUGUGAAGGUUGUAGAUGGUAAAGUGACAUUUACCGUUAGUGAGCAAGCAACUGGGGAAACUGAACAGGAUCAAAGUACGGCAGCCAUUCCCAAUGACGAUGCUGAAGUCGACAGUAGUGAUGAGCUUAUUGAAUUCAAGAAUUUUGACGAUAUCAAAGAGGGUGAAUUAAGCGUUGCCUCAAGCGAUUCAGAGGAGGGUGAUGAGGUCUCUGAUGACGCCGGUGCAGAUGCUGACGCUGAUGAAUUGACGUCCAAUGUGUUCAACGCCAAUGUCAAUUUUAGUGAGGUAGAGGUUGAGCUGCCAGACUGGCAGGCGUUAGGUGACUUUUCCAUGACCACACUGCAAGGGCUGUCUAAACUCGGGUACACCAAGCCUACCGAGAUCCAGUCAAAAACAAUCCCUUUGGCUCUUGAAGGCCACGAUAUAAUGGGCAAGGCCUCUACGGGUUCUGGUAAAACGUUGGCUUAUGGUAUUCCGAUUCUGGAAAAUCUCAUCAAGGGUAAGGAUUCAGCAAGGCCCGUGGCCCUGAUCUUCACGCCGACUAGAGAGUUGGCUUCACAAGUGACCUCGCACUUGACGAACUUGGGGGAAUCGAUCUUUACAGGGAGGAACAAGUUUGCUAUAAUGUCUCUUACGGGCGGUCUUUCUAUCCAAAAACAGGAGAGAGUACUGAAAUACGACGGUAGUGGUCAAAUCAUCAUUGCGACACCGGGUCGUUUCCUAGAGCUUUUGGAGAAGAGGAGUGAUUUGGUAGCACGUUUUGCUCAGAUUGAGACUUUGGUGCUAGACGAGGCGGACCGGCUGUUACAAGACGGGCAUUUUGAUGAAUUCACCAAGAUCUUGAAAUUACUGAGUCAGGCAAGACGUGAAAAGGAGGGGAAGAGGUCACACUGGCAAACGCUUAUUUUCUCGGCCACUUUUUCCCUGGACCUGUUUAACAAACUAGCGUCGAAUGGGCAAGGCCACACGUUGAAGGAAUCUGAUAACGAGUUGGAAGAAGUCUUGAAACAGUUGAUGACAAAGAUCCAUUUCAAAGAGAGGCCUACGAUUAUCGAUGCGAACCCAUUCGACAAAGUGAACAUGCAAGUCAAGGAGGCGCUCAUUGAGUGUGCCCCCUUGGAGCGUGACCUGUACGUUUACUAUUUCAUAUCGAUGUUCCCCGGUACCACGUUGAUUUUCUGUAAUGCCAUUGACUCUGUGAAGAAGUUGACCUCGUUCCUGAAUUUCUUGCGUAUCCCAUCGUUCCAGAUCCAUUCCUCCAUGUCUCAAAAGAACCGUUUGAGCAAUUUGGAGAAGUAUGAGAAAAAGGCUCAGUUCAACAAGACACUGCAUAAACCCACUGUGUUGAUUGCAUCCGAUGUGGCCGCUAGAGGGCUCGACAUACCGGGGAUCCAGCAUGUGAUCCAUUACCACCUGCCCCGCACGGCUGACGUCUACAUCCACAGGUCUGGGAGAACUGCGCGUGGUCAAAGCGAGGGUGUAUCCGUGAUGAUCUGCUCGCCGCAAGAGGCUAUGGGUCCCCUGCGUAAACUGCGUAAAGUGUUGAGCAGUGGUUCCGAGUCGCAGCGGCGUCAAAAGAGGGGGCGAGGUCUGAAAUGGCAAAAGGAUGUGUCGCUUUUGCCUAUCGAGGUCGACAUUGUGAGGCAACUGAAAGGCCGGAGCCAACUUGCCGCGGAGCUGGCGAACCACGAUGUAUCGUCCACGUCCCUAAACAAAGACGAGAACUGGUUGAAGAAAGCUGCUGAUGACCUUGGGAUUGACGUUGAUUCUGAUGACGAGAAGAAGGAUGUGUACCUGGCUAAGAACAGGAACCGGAAACUGAACAAGACUUUGGGGAAGGAUGAGUACAAGAUGAGAAAGUUGGAGUUGAACAGCAUGUUGGACCAACCGGUGCGUAAGGACAUGAGGAAGAAGUAUCUGACUGGUGGGUUGACCAAUCUUGCCGAUGAACUCGUCAAGAAACGUGGUCACGGGUCUAUCAUUGGGCAAAGCGAUACGGAUGCGUUGGAGACUUUGAAAAGGAGGAAGGGCAAGAAGUAG